AUGUUGCUGAACGACAUGGGGCCGUUAAUGUUCUUAGCAGUGACGGCGUCCCUUUUGGGCUGCUGCCAGACGGAUGAAAAAGGUAAUGUAUAUGGGGCGAGCUACAUCCAUCUACCAGUCCAGGAAGCGAAGGGCGCGACCGACAUCAGCUUCCGGUUCCGUACACAUCUAGCGGACGCUAUGCUGCUGUUGGCCGCCGGCAAGACGGAUUACUGCCUGAUCAAACUCGAGGCCGGCAGAUUGAAGGUUCACAUUAAUCUGGGCGCUGGGGAGAGCGAGAUGGCCAGCGCUCGCGGGCUAACGUUGAACGACCUGAGCUGGCACGAGGUCAACCUGACCAGGCGAGACGCCAACAUCACGUUACGGAUCGACGUGAUACACACGACCAGGUCCCUUCUGCCGGGACGUUUCUUCGAGCUGAACAUACACUACGGCGUCUUCAUCGGGGGACAGGGUGACUUCAACGAGCUAUUUCUAGGGCAUACGGACUACUUAAGGGGCUGCAUGGCCGACAUAAUCUACAACGGCGCGAGGGUAAUAGAAUACGCGAAGUCGAGGAAGGGCCAGUCGGAGGCCACGGCCGUGACGUGGGGCUGUUCGCCGGAAUUCGACGCGACGAGGAGCACGGAAGUCAGCUUCGUCGAGGAUGGCGCGUUCACGGCGAUCCCGAGGCCCAUUCCACGCUCGGGCUCAAGAUGGGAGUUCGAGCUGAAGACAAACGCCGGCGCGGGUCUGCUGCUCUACAACGCCGGGCAAUCGUCCUACGCCGAUUACCUCGGGAUCGAGUUGUUCGAGGGUAAAAUCCGUCUGCUGAUGAACAAAGGUAACGGUCCCACGGAGCUGAUACACGGCGCUACGGUGGCGGACGGUGAAUGGCAUCGUGUGCUCGUCGAUUUCAAUCCGAACGGGAUCGGCAUCACGGUCGAUCGACAGGAGAAAACGAUCGGUCUGCCGUCCGGCGGGAAUCGUUAUCUCGAUCUGGCGGACACCGUGUACGUGGGCGGUACCGAGCUGAACAAACGGGCUAGGGCGCUCGGCAAAGGUCUCAAGUCCGGCGACGUGAGCUACAAGGGUUGCUUGCGAAAUAUGCGGCUGGACAACAAGGAACUCGGACUGCCCGACGUGAAGAUCAGCCAGGGCAUCGUGAUCGGCUGUGUUUGGGGGUACCCGUGCGUCCAGACCGAUCCGCCGUGCGUUAACGGGGCGGUUUGCUCCCAGCUGGGCGUCAGCUCGUUCGACUGCCGUUGCGAUCAACCGUCGUGCAUCAAGCCGGACCACGCCGAGGAUUACAAGGUUUACUCGAAGGCGAAUUUACCGGUGAACCUGGAGGUACUCUCGGUGAGUCCGUUACUCGUGUCCGAGGGGGGACACGUGCUGGUGACGAGCGAUAACAUUGCCAUGGUGUUGGACAUCGCUAAAUAUGGGGUGGAAGAGGACGGUGUUAUCUUCAGCCUGGUUAUGCCGCCCAUGUAUGGAACCCUGACGCUGGAUCUCUUAACGACCAAAACAGAACGUUCCUUUACUCUCCAAGACAUCAGUCGAGAUAAGAUACAGUACAUGCACGACGGCAGCGAAACCACGGAGGACAGUAUGAUCGUGGAUGUGACACUGGUGGCUGGAGCCGGUUACACGUUGCCCGGCUAUCUCCAAGGACGUCUAACGUUCCCGCUCCACGUCAACGUAACGCCCGUUAAUGAUCCGCCGUUGCUCGAGAUAUCGACCGCGAAAGUGCUACGUCUGGCUCAAGGCACAAGGAAGAUUUUGACGAAAGAACUGGUCUGGGCGAUCGACGCCGACACACCGUCGGACAUGUUGGUGUACACGGUGUUACGUACAGAUGCGGAUGCCGGGUACGUCGAGAGGGUGACUUACCCGUCCAGGCCCAUCGACACGUUCACCCAGGCUGAAUUAAUGCAAGGACUGAUUGCAUAUGUGCACCGUGGAAACGCAAAACCGAACGCGAAGCUAGAUCUUCAAGUGAGCGACGGCACAGAGGUCAGCAAACCGGCGAGCCUGAGGGUGGCGGCGCAUCCGUUGGAGAUCAAACUGACGCACAACACCGGUCUGGUGGUUGUCCAUCGAUCGUUCUCGUACCUUAACGCGGCGAAUCUCUCGUUCACCACGAACUCCGACGACAAUACCAUCGACAUACGUUACGACAUCGUCGCGCCACCACAAUACGGCGCUAUUCAACGAUCAAAAGACCCCUCGGGUGGUGGUGGCUGGACGAACGUGGAUCAUUUCACGAGCAGAGACAUCGACUCACACGGGGUCAGGUAUCUCCACAACGAGGGCAGUCCGAAUCAGGACGAGUUCAAGUUCCAAGCCAGCGUUCGGGAGGUCAGGGCGCAACAUACAUACGACUUCCGUGUCACGUUCAUCGAUCUUGAGCUUAAAGAGACCAAGAGGAUCGCUGUGAACUUCACGAACGUCGCCGAGGCGAUUGUAACAGGACAAAAUCUCAGGUACCAGACGAACCCACUGGUGACCCCGUCCAAUAAGAUCACCUUCACCGUCACUACUGGACCUAGAUACGGUGGUCUGUUUCUCUCUAAUCGUCGUCUAACGAUAGGGGACACCUUCACGCAGGAGGACGUAGACUCCAGUAGUAGGGUAAGGUAUCGUCUGUUCAAGCGUGCCUACUCGACAAUCCUGGACGAGAUCGGGUACAAGGUGAACGCUCCACAGUGCAUCGAGCUGCACGGUAGCCUGAAGCUAAGACACUACCUGAGCAAAAACGUAAAACCGUUGGACAGCGUGGAAACGCUUCGCGUCGACGAGGGCUCCAGAGUACCGGUCAGGAUCGUACGAGCAAACCUAAGGGACUACGGUGUGUUAACGUUAACGUACAAUCUGACGAUCGAACCUCGCCACGGGUGGCUCACCGUCACCAACAAUUCGAAAUCCCGAACGCGCAACAACACCCGUUACUUCACAUCCGAGGAGCUCGCCACCCAAAGAGUCUACUACGUGCACGAUGACACAGAAACUAAAGAGGACACAUUUCAGUUCGUCGCUAUCGCCGACCAGGACACCGUGGACUUCAUGUACGUCGGUCUGGUGCGCGUGGAAAUCACCAUGAAGAACGACAACGCGCCAGAACGAGUGGUGAACCGAGUGUUCCACGUGGUGUCGAAGGGCGAACGAUUGCUGACGGGCAAAGAUUUAGCGUACGUGGACAAGGACGUGGACACAAAGCCAGGGGAGUUGAUCUACACCCGCAGGGACACACAGAGGAACGGGAUCUACAGAGUGUCGAAUUCAUCCGCGCAGAUCCACGAGUUCAGCCAGCAGGAUCUCGACGACGGCCAGAUACUGUUCAAACAUCAGGACGAGAAACACAGCAGGUUCGAAUUUGGGGUGACAGACGGCCACUUUUACACGGCUGGUGUCCUCGAGAUACAAGCCAGUCCGCCUUACGUGAGGCUACGCGAGAGCAACGGGUCCGUAGUGCAGUUCAACAGAUCGGUGACGAUCAGGCCAACAGAAUUGGACGUCGAGACGAACGUGUACACGUCGGACAAGGACAUCAAGUACACGGUGCUGGUGAAACCGAAGCACGGUGUGUUGUUGAGACACGGCCGUGAAACGAACACAUUCACAGAAGAAAACUUGCGCUACGGUAUAGUGUCGUAUAGACACUUAGGGGGAUCGUUGACAGGGGACGAUUUCAAGUUCAAGGUGUCGACGAAAGGGGCGGAAACAGAGGGUGUGCUAAUGAUUAAAAUCUAUCCAGAGAGCUACUGGCAGCGUCUGAUUGUCCAGCAUAAUAAAACGGUGUUCGUCGAGGAGGCGACCAGCGUUCUCUUGAACCGAAAGAGCCUAGAGGUGAUGCACCCGAGGAUACCGGACACGGAGAUCGUUUAUCAUCUGAAAGAAUGGCCCCAGAACGGUUACCUCGAGCUGCAGAUACACGACGAGCAGCACAGCGACGAGACACGCGAGGAUUAUAUCGGCAACGCCGUGAAGACGUUCGAUCAGAGGCUGGUGAACGAGGGACGUGUGUUCUACGUACAAUCAGUGAUCAAUCAAACGAACGAUCGGUUCGUCGUCGACGCUACGAACGGGAUCACGUGGUUGCAUGAUCUGACCGUGAAUUUUGUGAUCGUCCCGGAGAAACUGUACGUCGAGGCAAGGGGACUCGUUGUGAUCGAGGGAAAGAGCACGAUCCUAGACGAGAAGUGUUUCACGAUUCUAACGCCUUAUUAUUCUGGUAAGAUCACGGAUUAUCGUGUCACGGAGAAGCCAAGACACGGCACUAUACUGGACUCCGCGAAGAACACGCAGACGAAGAAGUUCUCGCAGAAACAUCUGACCGCUGGGAUCAUAUUGUACAAGCACAACGGCGACGAAUCGUCGAAGGAUUCGUUUAAAAUGGUCCUGGUGGCUGGGGACAAGGUCAGUGAACCGUUCGAGGUUUGGGUGAAUGUGCAACCGGUCGACGAUGAACUGCCGGUUCUGGUGAACAGAACGAAACUGAAUGUCUGGCAGGGUGGAAGGAUCACGUUGACACCGGCCAGCUUGGCGGCCGUCGACAAUGACACCGCGGCUCACGAUUUAACGUUCAAUCUCACCGGUUUGAGGAACGGUUUCGUCUCGCUGAAAUCAUCCCCGGACGUGGACGUCUACGACUUCACGCAGGAGCAGAUUGAUCAGUCGAAGAUCAUUUUUACUCACACAAAUGGAUCCGACGCAGAGUUCAAUUUUGUUCUCAGCGACGGCGUGCACACGUCCGAGCCUUAUACCGUGUCGAUCGCCACCAAGCCGGUUCGAUUGAAUGUCGAGCGCAACUCAGCGCUAAACGUUUUUCCCCUGACCAGAAAACUGAUAUCGAGUAAACUGUUGCUGACGGUGUGCUCGGACGAAACACGUGACAUAAGGUACACGGUGCGAAAUGGGACUCAUCGCGGCAAGAUCAUCAUGGAGACCAGCGAGGGCGCGUGGUUGAACGUCGAUCGGUUCACGCAACGGGACGUCAACAACAGCAAAGUUUUCUACGAGCACACCAAACAGUUCAUGGACCUGACCGCGGACGAUUCGUUCACGUUCGACGUGGAGUCGCAUUUCGCGGAAUCCUUAACCAAUCAGGUAUUUCAAAUCGACAUCUCGGUCUCCAGCGGCGGCCUGGACAGGUACAUCACCGUGAAGAACGUCAGGGUGGAGGAAGGUGGUUCAGCGCAGGUGAUCAUGAACAUCAGCGGAAUCGUCACGUUUCUUCAUACCCACGCCGGUAUCGAGAGUCCAGUGGUGCUGUCGAGAUUGAUAGGUCAGCCGAGUCACGGCCACGUGAUGAUCGUCCCAGACCUGAACGUGACCACAUUCUCCCAGCCGCAGAUCGAGGGCGGCAAGAUCGCGUAUUAUCACGAUCACUCGGACACCUUAGAGGAUCGUAUCAACUUCUCCCUCUAUCUAACACCCGGUCACAUCCUCCUCUGUAACACCACCGUCCCGGUUAUAAUCGAGCCGGUGAACGACGAGCUGUUCAAGCUGGUCACAAACUCCCCGUCUAUCACGGUGGUCCAGAAUCAAAAUCAAACAAUCACCCGUGAGAAUCUGUUGACCAACGAUCCGGACACGCCGCCCGAGGAAAUCAUGUACGACGUGAUAUCGGGACCGACCUACGGCCGACUGUUGCUGCUACCCUUCAACGAGAACAUAUCAGAGGUGCGUCAGGUGAACAAAUUCACGCAGCACGACGUCGACUCGAAUCGACUGGUGUACGAGCACAACGGUCCCCUACAAGCAGCCUCGUUCUAUUUCCGUGUCUGGGACGGUCGUUUCAAUCCCACUUACACAGUCUUCAAUGUCUACGUACUACCGAUCAAACUGAACGUAACCGUGCCUGGACCUGUGUGCCUUCAACAGGGCUCGAACGUCGCUCUGAUCUCGGAGAGCAACGUGAAACUGGACACGAACGCGCGACAAGAUCUGAUCGUGUACGAGGUGACCGGUGCACCGAAGCACGGUGUACUGUACGUGAGGGACGGAGCAGCGGUCAGUUUCAAGCAGACCGAUCUGCUAUCCAAGAGCGUGAUGUUCAUGCAAACCGACAUGACCGUGUCGAACGACAGUCUAGUGUUGACCGCUCGACUGAGCGGUUUCGAGAUCAAACACAUACGUAUCCAGAUCAAAGUGGUCCCGUUGAUGAUCAUGAACUCGAUGACAGCGUUAGCCGGCGAGAAAACACGGAUCACCUUACAACACCUGGACGCAACCCCGUUGGCGAAGCUGACCACCAGCAACCCCAUCUACACGAUACUAAAAAAGCCAAAGUACGGUAAAACAAAGAGAAUCAUCAGAAGCUCGUCGUCCUCGGGAGAAAAACGUGGCACCCGUGAGAAAGAAGUGAUCCGAUUCUCGCAUCAGGAGGUUGUGUCCGGCGUGAUAUACCUCGUCUGCCGAAAGAUCCCCACGUUGGAGUACGAGGGCACGAUCGACAGUUUCACGUUCGUUCUAGCUGCCACGAUAUUCCAACCAGCGAUAGGGGAGUUCGAAUUCCGCGUGAAACUCGACACGGACGAGUACAACAUCACGUUAGGGGGCCCAAUGGACCCGGUCGGGCACGAGGGCGAGAUGGCGAUCGCGCCGAACAUGAGCAACGAUUAUCUGUUAAUUCUCGGAAUGCUACUAGGCGUGUUUUUGUUGGGUGUGGUCGUGAUCAUCACGAUUCGAUGCAGGCAUAAUCGGUACAAACACGCCGAGGAGGAGAAACCGGAAGCAACGCCAGCGGUUGGUGUGAUGCCGCUUCCUAGGCCGCCGGAUCAUUUGAUGCCAGCGACGCCUCAUUUGAAACGUUUCGCCGCGAACGAUCAUAACAGUGUCGCGGUCAGCACCCCGUUACCAGUGCUGCCCACGAUGACGUCGACGUUACCUCAGUGCAAAGUGAUACCGUUGAGCCCGUUGGAGAGCAUCACCGGCUCAGAGGUGGACGUGUCAGCCAGAUAUCCGUACGGUGUCGCGGACGGGGACGAAUGGAGCAGCUUCGACACGUCCGAUCUGCCCUGCCAAUCUGCUACCGCCACCGCCCAGAGGACCAACAAUCCCCUCCUGAGACGGAAUCAGUACUGGGUCUAG